AUGGCGAAGAUGCCUCAAGUUUGCGCGGCACUGGCGCUGGCCACAGCGAUGCUGGCGAGCUCGACGAUGGCGGAGAAGAAAGCCGACGACGAGCUUGUCCUGGGGCUAUUCACUCCUCGUUGCUUCGAGGCGUUUGUCACCCACCACGACUUUGGCCACGUAGAGUGUAUCAAGGCAGUGAUCAGCAAGGGUCUGAGCUACGCGAUCAUCACAGGCAGCCUUAUCCUCAAGCUGCCACAGAUCCUCAAGAUCUUGAGCGCCAAGGACGUCACGGGCCUCACGCCCAGCGCCUUUUACAUGGAAGUGGUGCUUUACCUGUCUAGUACCAUCUACAACGUGCUGCGUGGCUACCCUCUGUCGACAUGGGGCGAGAAUGUGGUGAUCCUAGCGCAGAACAUCAUCCUGGUGCUGCUGCUCUGGUCGUUCUACACGCCCAAAAUCGCUGUGUCCCCGCGAUUCGGUCUCGUAUUGGCAUUCGCGGCCAUUGCGGCUGGUAUGUUCUCCAUUCCCGACGAGUAUCAGUGGCUACUGGCGUCCGCGGGAAUUCCCGUGAGCAUUGUGGCUAGAAUCCCGCAGAUCUUGUCGAACUUCAAACAGGGCCACACGGGGCAGUUGGCGUUGAUCACGUUGGUGCUUAACUUUGCCGGCUCCAUCGCUCGCUUGUUCACGACGAUGCAGGAGACUGGCGACCCGGUGCAAGUCGCUGGCUUCGGUGUGGCCAUCCUGCUUAAUGGUACACUGGUACUGCAGGUGUUGCUGUUCUGGGGCGCUACCAACAAGGCUUUGGCCCAGGCGACCAAGAAGAAAGACCAGUGA